AUGGCACGCACAUCCGGGGGCCGCCUCGCUGCCGCCGUCUCCAACGCGGGCGGCCUGGGCGUCAUCGGCGGCUUUCAGUACACGCCCGACCAGCUGCGCGACAUUGUCGCCGAGAUGAAGGCGAACCUGCGGAGCCCCGACCUGCCGUUUGGCGUGGACCUGGCGCUGCCGCAGGUGGGCGGCAACGCGCGCAAGACGAACCACGACUACACGGGCGGGAAGCUGGACGAGCUGAUUGACAUCACCAUCGACAGCGGCGCGAAGCUGUUUGUCAGCGCGGUGGGUGUGCCACCAAAGCACAUCAUCGAGAGACUCCACGACAAGGGCAUCCUGGUGAUGAACAUGGUGGGACAUCCGAAGCACGCAGUCAAGGCGCUGGAUCUGGGCGUGGACAUUGUGUGCGCGCAGGGCGGCGAGGGGGGCGGUCACACGGGCGACAUUGCCAACUCAGUGCUGGUGCCGGCGGUGGUGGACGUGGCGAGGCGGUACAAGCCUCCGAUGCUCAAGGGGUCAACGGCGCUCGUCGUGGCCGCGGGCGGGAUUCGCAACGGACGCAGCCUGGCCAGCUCGCUGAUGCAGGGCGCGGUGGGUGUCUGGGUGGGCACGCGGUUCGUCGCCUCGGUGGAGGCGGGAUGCAGCGAGGAGGCCAAACAGGCGGUCGUGAGCUGCGGCUUCGAGGGCACGGAGCGGACGCUGGUGAUUUCGGGGCGGCCGCUGCGGAUGAGGACGAAUGAGUAUAUCCGGAGCUGGCACGAGCGGCCGGGCGAGAUCAAGGCGCUGUGCGACAAAGGGAUCGUGCCGUUGGAGCAUGAUUUGGACGAGGGCAGAGACGUGGACAUGCCGCACUUGAUGGGGCAGGUUGCGGGUGCGAUUGAUAGGAUACAGCCUGCGGGAGAGAUUGUUGCUGAGAUGGUGGAGGAGGCGGUUGAGAUGCUCAAGCUGGGGCAGACGUAUCUGACGGGCAGGAGCAGGUUGUGA